UCGUCUCAGCCGGAAUCUAGCCUAGGUCGUGGUCGUGGUCGUGGCCGCGGUCGCGGUGGUCCAUCAAGUGUUCGUGGCGGUCGAGGGCGUGCUACCGCACCCAGCGUAAUGAAGAGUCAGACCAAACUGGAUUUCAGUGCCGGGACCAAAAAACCCACACAGCCGCGAAAACAAGCAUUUGAUAUUUCCGAGGACGAGGAAGAGGAGCCUGACAACGACUUUGCACCAUCCGAAAACGGUGGACCACCUGCCCCCCGCUCACCUCGAAUGAAUGCUCGACGCGCUGUGACUGAUAAGGCUCGAUAUGUGUUCGAUUUGGAGAGCAGUGAAGAAAGUGAUGCUGAUGGUUCUGACAGUGGCAGCAGACAUCCUCCAGCAGCCGGAAAACGCAAGGCACGUCGAAGCGAUGACGAUGACGAUUUCGACCCGAAGAAAAUCAGCGAAAAGAAGUACGCGUUCUAUUUCCAGAAUAGCCGCUUCUCAAUGACUAUCACACAUGAUUCCUUUUCUAAAUGGCAGUGUCCGUUUUGUGCACAAGUUCAGUAUGGUAUUCAGAAUUCUGCCUAA